UAUUAAGAAAACAGGUUACUCUGUAGCGGAUCAUUGUGAUUGAGGCGGUAGAAGAGGAAACUCGUAAGCGAGCGAGAGAGAGCGUCCAGAGAGAGAGAGAGAGGGAGAGUGAAGGGGGCAGAGAGACUUGAGAGGGGAGCGAGAAAGACUUGCCUGGAGAGAAGAUGCAAGUUUUCAGUGUGCUACCCGCCCUCUGUCUCUUAGCUCUGGCUGUGGGCUCGGAGUGUGACGGGCAGAUGGCAAGCCGGCUCCGGCGGUCCAAACGUGCCCUCCUCCUGGCCCGGGAUCACCGGCAUGGCCCUGGGGCGGACUCCCCGGGAUCGUGUGGCACGAGGCUGCCCCGUGGCAAGCGGGCAGUGCCCCUAGCACCUUCAGACCACCCUCCCCGGCUACAGCAGCAGCAACAGCCGGCGCCGCACCACCAGUACCAGUACCAGCAGCACAGUCAGGCCAGGCUGCUGUAUUUCACCGGGAAGGGAAACCAGCUGCGCCUCCGAACCAGCACCGAGCUCCCCAGGCGGAGGUUCACUGUGGAAGUAAGGGUCAGACCUGAAGGGGGGCAGCGAUCUCCAGCUGUCAUCGUGGGGCUUUACGACAAAUGUUUUUCAUCCCGGGACAGAGGAUGGUCUCUUGGGAUUCAGUCCGUGAGUGACUUGGGUAACAGGGAUCCACGAUUCUUCUUCUCCCUAAAAACAGAUAGAGCUCGCAAAAUGACCACCAUCACAGCCCAUCAGAAAUACCACGCUAACCAAUGGGUACAUUUGGCAGUAACAUAUGAUGGACAUAAAAUGAAAUUGUACGUCAAUGGAGCGCAAGUGGCCGUGAGCAAUGAACAAGUAGGUGAUAUCUUCAGCUCAUUAAGCAGAAAGUGCAAAGUAUUAAUGCUUGGUGGAAACUUCCAGAAUCAGAACUACCGUGGUUACAUGGCUGACUUCAGUUUGUGGAGUGAAGGAAGAAAUCAGGGGAAAAUAAGUGAAGACAUGAAACACCAUGCUAAGAAAAACAGUGAGUUAGUCUUACAUGACAGCUUUCAGGAUGUGGAAAUUCACUGGCUAACUGUGAAGGACAGUAAAUAUCCUCAUGUGGAACUAAAACAUCACAAUGGCUGGUUUUCAAAUACUAAUCUGCAGCCACCUCCUUGUGGCCAAACUGUCUGCGAUAAUGUCGAAGUCAUAACAAGCUACAAUAAACUCUUCAAUUUUCGCAAGCUAAAGACUGUCCGCUACAGGGUUGUCAAUGUCUACGAUGACAAUCAUCAGAAACCUACUGUUACAAAAGAACAAAUAGAACUUCAGCACCGACAUUUAAACAACGCCUUUCGUACGUAUAACAUCACCUGGGAUCUUACAGUUUUGGAUGUCAAGAAUUCCUCUCUGAGAAAUCGCCUUAUUUUGGCCAACUGUGAUAUAAGUAAAAUUGGGAAUGGGGAUUGUAACUUGGAAUGUGACCACACACUAACAGGAAAUGAUGGUGGAGAUUGCAAACCAUUGCGACGUCUAGCUUUGUUAAAGAAGAAAGGAGAUGGGGUGUGUGAUAUGGAAUGCAAUGAUGAACUGUACAAAUUUGAUGAUGGUGAUUGCUGCAAUCCAAAUGUGACUGAUGUAACAAAGACAUGUUUUGACCCGAAAUCACCCUACAGGGCAUAUUUGGAUGUGAAUGAUCUGAAGAACAUUCUGAAACUAGAUGGUGCAACACAUCUCAAUAUAUUCUUUGCCAAUUCAUCUGAUGAAGAGCUGGCUGGAGUUGCCACAUGGCCAUGGGACAAAGAAGCCCUAACACAUCUAGGUGGCAUCGUGCUGAACCCCUCAUUCUAUGGAAUGGCAGGUCACACUCACACUAUGAUCCAUGAGAUCGGGCACAGUCUUGGGCUCUACCAUGUGUUCAAAGGGAUUUCUGAAAUUGAAUCUUGCACUGACGUAUGUAUGGAGACUGAAGCUUCAUUGGAGACUGGCGACUUGUGCGCUGAUACUAAUCCAACACCAAAAAAUAAGCAGUGCAAAGAUCCCGAUCCUGGAAAUGACACAUGCGGUUUUGGCCAUUUUGUCAACACCCCUUUCUUUAACUACAUGAGCUAUGCAGAUGAUGACUGCACAGAUUCCUUUAGCCCCAAUCAAGUAGCCAGGAUGCACUGUUACUUGGAUCUGAUAUAUCAGAGCUGGCAGCCACCCACAAAACCUCCACCUAUUCCUGUUGCUCCAGAGAUAAUACAUCAGACUGCAAGAUCGGUGAUACUCCACUGGCUUCAUCCAAUCAAUGGGCAGUUUUACGAGAGAGAAGUGGGAUCAAUAUGUGAUGCGUGCACUGAGCAUGGAGCAUUGGUCCAGUAUGCUUACAAUGCUUCUUCCCCUAGACCAUGCGAUCCAUCUGGCCACUGGAGCCCCAGAGAAGCAGAAGGGCCUCCUGAUGUAGAACAACCUUGUGAAAACAGUGUCAGAACGUGGAGCCCAGAUGCUGGUGUUGAUGAGAAGACAGUUCCCCCGGUAUGCCCGGAGCCUCAGGGUUGCUACUUGGAAUUGGAAUUCCGCCAUGUCUUAAUCCCCGAUUCCCUGACCGUUUGGGUCACGUUCACUGAAUGGACUGCUCACGGAGCCAUUCACGACAUCAAAUUACUGACUGUGAGCGGGAAAGAAAUCUCGCUCGGACCGCAAAAUGUCUUCUGCGACGUCCCCAUUACGGUCAAGCUCACCGUGUCGGAGGAGGUCUAUGGAAUCCAAAUCUUCACACUCGACGAGCAUUUGGAAAUUGAUGCUGCCAUGCUGACCUCCGCACCUCAAAACACUCUCUGCAAAGAAUGUACACCGAUCCAAUACAAAAUCAUACGGAACCCACCAUUUAUAGAGGGACCAGUAUUCGUGGUGAAAGAUCUGAGCAGAAGGUUCGAAGACACGGAUGUAAAACCUGGAACUUUGUACACGUAUCAAGUGGCAGUUGUCACGAGCUCUGAUGAAAGUGAACCUUCCCCAGAACUGAAACAUGUACAUGGAGCUGCUUACUGUGGAGAUGGAUUGAUCCAGAAGAGCCUGGGAGAAGAAUGUGAUGAUAGUAACAAAAUAAAUGGCGAUGGUUGCUCCAGUUUAUGUCGCCAGGAACCAUCUUUCAACUGCAUAGAUGAACCAAGUCGAUGUUAUUUUCAUGAUGGUGAUGGUGUUUGCGAAGACUUUGAGAAAAUGACAAGCGUACGGGACUGUGGUCUCUACACGCCCAACGGUUUUAUGGAUCAGUGGGCCAGUAACGUCACUGUUUCACACCAUGAUGAUCAGUCCUGUCCUGGAUGGGUGAUAAUUGGUCACCCUGCUGCAACAAAGAUGUGCAAGACCAGGGUCAUCGACUUAUCUGAAGGAGUGGCUCAGUAUGCCUGGUUCCCAUGUGUAGAAGCAUUUCACAGCAUCCCAUACUUCAGAGCAAAAUACUGGCUAAAGGUCUACUUUACGGAACCAAUGGUUGCUGCCGCUGUCAUUGUCCACCUGGCUGCUGAUGGAAGUAGCCUCAUGGAUCAAAGACAAGAUUCAAUCUCAGUUCAGUUGGUUGACACGAAAGAUCAGAAUCAUGACCUGGGAAUGCAUCUUUUGAACUGCAGGAACAACCCCCUCGUUAUCCCUGUCAUUCACGACCUCAGUCAGCCAUUCUACCGGACCUCAGCCAUUCUAAUUACUUUCCAUUCACUGUACGUUGCCAUCUCUGGGGUGGCCUUGCGUUCCUUCCACAACUUUGACCCCAUUACAAUUAGCAGCUGCCAAAGCAGUGAGAUGUACAGCCCAGCGGAGCAGAGUUGUGUCCACUAUUCUUGUGAAGCUACCGACUGUCAGGAACUCAACCUCAAAAAUGCAGUGGUGAACUGCACUGGAACUGGACGUUACAAUGGGGACCAAUGCACUGUGUUCUGCCAGCGAGGUUAUGUGCUUCACCUGCGAAGAGACGAAGACACCUCCAAGCGUCAGUCUGAAUCAAUGAUGACAGUCACUUGCACGGAUGGGAAAUGGAGCCAACAAGUGCUAUGUGAGCCUGUGGACUGUGGGAUCCCUGAUCAGUAUCAUGUCUAUCCUGCCACCUUCUCAUGCCCUGAAGGCACCACAUAUGGCAAGCAGUGCACCUUCCAGUGUCGACCCCCUGCCCAGCUACGAGGGACCAACAACACGCUAAUCUGCCUUGAUGAUGGACUGUGGUCAUUCCCCGAAUCCCUUUGUGAACUGAUGUGUCUUGCUCCUCCUCCUGUGCCUAAUGCUAAACUUCAAAGUUCACAUUGUCAGCAUGAUGGGCACAAGGUUGGUUCAUCAUGUAAAUACAAAUGCAAACCAGGAUACCACAUCCCCAGCACCUCAAGAAAGAUAAGGAAGAGAAAUUUUAAGACCAGGUGCACUGAGGAUGGAAGUUGGCAGGAGGCAGUGUGCGUCCCUGUUAUGUGUGAGGCAGUCCCAGCAAAAUUUCACGGGGUUUACCAGUGUACAAAUGGCUUCCAGUUCAACAGUGCUUGCUGGAUAAACUGCAGUGAUGCCAACAAUGAGAGCGAACCUGUCGAUAACUUGAUUCGCUGUAGGAAGGAUGGAACAUGGAAUGGCUCACUUCAGAUGUGCAGCUCAAUGAAGGGAGACUGCCCACAACCUCAUCGCAUCAACAGUCAAAUUAGACUUAACUGCAAGGACGGCUAUGGCAUAGGUGCGGAAUGUACACCUUCCUGUUUGUCACAUCAAAAUGAUGCAGUUAUUUUACCAAGCAACAUGACCUCUGAAGAUGUAAAAUACUGGAUGAGUCCUCCAAAGGCAAAGAAUAUUGUUUGUACAGCAGGACUAAACUGGUACCCACACCCUGAAAUGAUUCACUGCAUUAAAUCAUGUGAGCAGCCUUUCGUGGGGGACAACUAUUGCGACGGAAAUAACAACAGAGCCUACUGCAGUUAUGAUGGCGGUGACUGCUGUGCUUCAACUGUCAUUACUAAAAAGGUCAUACCCUUUCCGAUGUCUUGUGAACUUCAUGGAGAUUGUGCUUGUCGAGACCCCACAGCUCAGGAGCACGGCAAAGUGAGACAACAACGCUUCUAUCACAGCCACCGUUAACCAGGAGGAACCAGGAGCGGAACACAGCUGAGGGCAGACUAGAAGAGCCACACACUCCUUGCUGCUUAUGAGAGAAAACCUCUCUGACCAGAUAACUAACACACACACACACACACACACACACACACACACACACACACAACUCUAACAGUCUGCCUUCUGUCUGAAGACUGGAGUGAGAGAGAAAAAAAACAAUAAAGACACAAACGACACAUUGAAUGAACAAGCACCCUCCCAACUCCGAAAAAAAAACAGCAUGUUUCAGACUUGCUUGUGUGGUCUUUUCUGGCUGCACAUCCCAACCCUAAAACAAAUGAUGUCUAUUUGAUUUUUUUCAAAAAAAAACACAGUUCGAAAUACAAUUCCCUCCAACUCCAAACUUGACAAACAUUAGACAAAAUAAAACAAAAGAAAGUGAACAAUCCACAUAUAGCAGGAAAAAAAAAGCAAUUGCGCAUGGAAGGAUUAAAACAAAUAAAUAGAAGGAAAAAAAAUUAAUGCAAAUGUUCUGAAAAGAAACAGCCGUUAUCAUGGCUGCCGCUGCUGUUACUGGACAACUGACCUACUUACAAUGUAAGAACAGGUAUCACCAAACCCAAACUGCGGUCUGUCUGCCUUAAGCAAAACUUCAGCCUCCUUUUAAAACCCUUUGAUUUCAUCUCUUGUGAUUUUCAUUGAAAACCGUGCCAGCCAAAAGGAUCUGCCACAUGUCAGGGAAGAUAAACCUGCGCAUAGUCAUUCCAAAGACCCUCUUCAGUGAAUAUGGUCUCAAAUGAGCAGAGUUUCAAACCAGUGAAAGGCAAAUGUAGGCGUGGCAAGGUCAAUUUUAUGCACAGAAAGCAACUGCCAUGCCAAAUGCACUUCAGGGCAAGGGUAGGAGAUGGGAGGGGAGAGCAUGGAAGUAAUGAAAACAGUUUUAGCAUCCUUGGUAAUGUGGUGUACUCCAUAAACUGGUUGCAGAAGCAAGCUAAGCACAAAGCCAGAUUCACCAAAGUUGGCAACUAAGAAACACAAUGACUGGAUGUAGGACUUUGCCAGCCUAGCAGGUGUACACAGAGUUUCCACGAAAAUGCAUGAGAUCUGAGCUUUAGGAACUCACAUACAAAUACUUACAACAGUCAAUGUUAAAACAACUGUUUAAAAAAGAUAAGCACUGGACGCUGCUAUUGUUUUGACGUAAUUGUAGGAACAGGCAUGGCCUUCUUCAUCGGUAUUGAUCUUGUGAUGAGUGAGAGUAUGCCUGUGUGCAUGCUUUUCAUCAGAUUUAUAUUAAACUUAACAGUGACUCUAUGUUCGAAAUAUGGGAGUGGAGUUGUAAAAGCGUGCAGCUUUUGUGCAUCAUCCAUUUCAAUAAAACCAAGGAGAGGGACAAACAGAUGAAACAAUAGUCAGUUCGUAAAAAGUGUCACAUGUUGGCAAUAAUCAUAAUAGUGUCCUAUGUUCACCAUGUCCAAUUACCGAGCACACUUUGCAAAGUGAUUAUAUCAACAAUUGAUACAUGAUACACACAGGUUGAAGGAAAGAGGCAAAUUGUCAGCAUAGAACACAACAACAACCAAGUGGUUGCACCAUCUUCAAUAAGGAAUCGAGGCAGAUCAAAACUAGAUUUGUGAGGGAGAACCCAGGAGGAGAAUAGAUUUGUGAUUUAAGGUGAUUAUUGCUUAGUGUUAGGCGUAAUUACUGUUAUAAUACUCAGUUCAGUUGGUGACACCAUUAAUUUACCGACAGUGCUAAAUUCUUUGCCACUAGCUUACAAAAUUGCUCAAAAGUGUAAAACAUCUCUGAAACAUGCUUCUAACAUACAAAAUCAGCUGUUCUCCUCCGUCAGGAGAUGUGACUUGCCUUUUCCGCUCCCUCAGCAUUUAAUAUUCCUAAAUUGUGUUUAUGUUUUUCCACAUUAUUAGAUGCAUAUAUCAGAGUUGUAGAAGUUAGGUUGGAUAUAACCCUUGUCAAAACGAUCUGACUCUAUAUUUGAUUAUGAAAGGAAUUGAAGUCUAUCGGUAUAAACAAAGACAGAUUCUCUUGUGCAUAAUGGAAUACAAAGUAAAUUUACUGUUUAUACACAUUUAGCAAGCAUUAUAUCAAAUGUUACAAUGUUGUGGUUUAUCUGCAGUCACAGCUCCCCUUCAGGCCUUAGGUUCAGCGAUUUUUUUAAAAUCAAGAAUGUACUGAUCUGUUGCUAUCAUGACUGACAUUCUAUACAUUUGGUUUAUUUGAGUUUUGGAGAAGUUGCAUACUUUUUCCUGUUGGGAAGUCUUGUAAAGUUAUUUGGCUGCCUGUAGGAAGUGAUUAAGGACAGUCAGAUUGUAAUCAUUCUGCCAGAAUUAAGGACAACCAUAAGAAGACUGUUUUUUCCAACAUUUCAUUUUCUCUUAUACUGCUAUGCAUUUGGGUCUCUUUAACCAGCUACAGUACCGUCAUAGCUGGAUAGGAUUUUUUUUUAUGACUGCAGAAAGCAUUGAUGAGAAAUUCAUUUGCCCAUUUACUUACAGAAAUAAAAGAGCCACAACUCACCUGAAUAUUUAAAUAUCAAGCAAACUCAAGCCUUUAUAGCCUUUUGGGAUGAAUAGGUUUCAAUGCUAUGUUAUAAAUUAACUCCAGAAAUCGGAAGCCUUUGGUUUUGAAGUCAAAAGGUCUAAGUAAUACUGGCAGACAGCCUUUUGACAUUAUACAUAGAGGAAUGUUGGCAGCCAAUAUACUCAUGCCAAUUUCAUCCACUAUUGGUUUCCAAAUAAAAAUGAACCCUACCUAAAGAGCACUAUACAACAAUCCAUAUGGUACUCAUAAUUUCCUUGCAAUAAUGUAAAAAUUGUAGACUUAAUUCAUUAGCAAAUAACCUAACAGAUAGAAUAUAUAGAGCAAAACACCUCCAAUUUGACUCAAAUAAAACUAAGGACUUGAGAUUACAAUGUGAAUAUUAGUAUAAAAAUACUUAAAGCAGGCAUACAAAAUUAUUUUAACAUCUUUAAGUUGGUUCGAACCUUGUUUAAAACAGUGAACAGAAAUUUUGCACAGAUGUGUUCAGCUAAUAUUCACACAAGGUUAAUUUCAAGACCUGACUCAUUAAAGGUGAUAGUAUAAAUGUAAAUUGAGGAAUGUGUACAUCAUUAAAUUCUUGCAGGAAAGCGCCUCGGGAGAAUGAUGCACUUCUUGAUUUUCUUCUGAACGUGUGCUUGCCUGUAAGAUUACUGACAUUGGCUUUAUUUUACAGAAAGAGCUUUGCGCAAAUUCUGUAAAAAAAACUGUGCACACACCCCGCAUCACUAACCCAUGUUUUUACAUUUUUGCUGGUUUGCAUCUAAAUUCUCCUAAAAACAGUAUUUACCUAUAAAAUCCGAUGGGAAGAACCUCAGCAAGUGGUUCAUACUUUUGGCUGGUUGAAGUAUGUUUAUAUUAAAAAAAGGUGGAACAUGCCAAUUUCAAAGGAACUUUAAAAGAGGCCAAGCUACCUCCCUUCUCUCUUCCAAUUCACCUGGUUGUAACUGUCGGUUCUUAUAGGGUUUACCUGUGUUCUACAAGUGAUUUCAUGCUGCAAACCCCUGACAGACAAGGUUAUGCAAACUGCAUGGACCGAGAUUGAUAAGAAAAGCUACCACAAUGUUAGUGCUUAGGCAAAAUAAAAAUCUAUAGUUUUCUGUAGGAUUUCGGUGUACAGUUGCAUUGUAAUGUCUUGUUGAUUUUUGUGCAUAGUAUUAGCUCCAGAUAGAGAAAAAGAAGAAAAAAAAGGUUUUGGCAUUCAAUUGUUUAAGUGUUUAAAUGUGUUUACUUGUACCUCUGUUAUAAACUUUUACUUAAUUAUAUUUAAUCAGUAUUUUAUACUGUGCUCAGUAACUGCAUUUGAAUUUUCUGUACAGUCAUAUACAAAAGUCUACAUCGGUGUUUUUUUUUGAAAAGCUGCUAAGGUCAGACAGGUAUUUUUUUUGUUUAUGAUUCAAUUUUUAAAGAAGAAUAUUGCUUUGCAUACAUAAUAACUCAUGCUUUUUUUAAAAAAAAGAAAAAAAAGGUGAUUAGUUUAGCCAUAAUAGCAGCCAUUAAAAAGGGACAAUCAGAUGUAGGAAUCAAAUUUGGAAGAAGUUGCUGAGUUUGGCAUAAAAAUAAUUAAAUCUUACACCUGCAUUCAAGCAUUUUAUAUGACAGUGAGGCUUGUUGGGAAGACCCUUGGCUUUCGCUAAUUAAUCACAAUUAUUUUGUUUUGUAUAAUCUACAAAAUGUGUAUUAUGAUAGUUAACCAACAUUUGCUUUUUUGUGUUGUUACUUAACAGCAUACCGAAAUAUUGCUGCUUUUAACGUUGAAAUAUUUCAGUCAUGGGAGGCAGAUAAAUUCCGUUUAAAUACAGAAUACCUGUCAUUUUUUAAAAGUCCCAAGUCACAUCUAUUGAUGGGAAGCUGGCUAUUUUUCUUUUAAGUGAACUGGCCACAGUAAUAUAUUGUAGAGCAGUUUCCCUCAUAGUUAAAUGGGGUGAACUCAUUUGCAAAGUUUCCACAUUAUCUGUUCAGACAUUUCAAUCUUCCAGAAGAGUGCAUGAAGUCCUGGUAUCUGAUCGAACAUUUACCUGUCUGCAUAUUGCAAGUCAAGCUGUGAUUUCUUUGAAAGGGGAUUUUUUUUCAUAUGGUAACUGCCAUUGUGAACAAACCUGGUAUUUAUUAUUCAUGCUAGUUAUCUGUUGGGCACCUUAUGGAAGCCAUGAAAACAAUAAUCAAAUGAAGUGCUGAAAAAAUGUUAUAAAUGUAACAGUCUACUGUAAUAUCAUAUCCUUUGCUGUACCUCAUGCCUGUAAACUAGCUGCUUUUAAUUUAGUUUAAUUUAAAUUUCCUAGCAAUAUAUAAAGAUGUAAAUAGUAGAGUUAUUUAUUAAGAAUGUCAUCCGUUUUUAAUUUAUAUUUACACUUUAUCAUCUAAGUUAUUUUUACAACUUUACAAUUCAGUUGUUACAGCCAUUUUAUUACCUUAAUGGUGUGAUAGGAUAUCAAACCUACAUGAUAUGGACACUGUGCUCAUGUAGAUGUCUAAUUUUGAAGUACAGAACAUCUAACCACAUGCAGGUAUCAAAUGUAGCACAACAAAUGUGUCUGUGAAAUGAAUACCCUUGCCAUUGUUGUGACUUCUUUUUGCAUUGGAGCCUCCAUUCCUCUAGAAACGUUUCCAGACUAAUGCCCUCAAAAGGAAAAAAGCUCGUAAACACAAUUUCACUGCUUAAAAAUUAUGAACUGAUGUUCAGUGGGUAUAGCAAAAAUGAAAAUCCAAUCAAAAUGCAUGUCUUAAAUAUUGAUUCUGAGUGGGAAAUAUUUGAUUGUUGUUGAGUUUCCAUGCUAACUAUCCACAUGGCAGGACUAUACACAAACCAAAGCUCAUAUUUAUUGUUGAUAUAACAAAACUUCCAUAAUUGUGCAGGAAUCCCAUCUGAAAUCAAUGUUAUGUCAGACCCAGAAGUUUGCAUAUUUGUUGAAACAAAUUGUAGCAUUUGAGGUGGCCUGAUUGGAACAUCCUUUCAGUAAUGUCUGGCUGGACACACCAUUGAGUCCCCAGAUGAAAAAGAAAAUGCCUCUUACUUCAGACUUGAUUAAACAUUUUUAUGAACUAUCAAAAUACUAUAGAAAAUAAAAACUCCUCUUGCAGAAAAUAUAUUCAAAUACAACAGCAUUUUGAAAACAUUUUACGUUCCUUAGUAUCAAUUGUAGAUAAUGUCAUGACUCAUGAAAAGCUGACCAUCUAUUUAAGUCAACUGCAUUUUACAACAUUUCUUUAUAUCCUGUAUCCCGCACAGCAAUGGCAAAGUGUAUCAAAAGAUCCUUGUUGUGAAUGUUUUGAAAGAAAUGCUAAUUCUGUUUAUCUGUUGUAUGCAGUCACUGUUCCUGACAAACAAACUUUAGCUGCUUUACCCCAGCAUCAAUUCAGAUGCAACAAACCGUUGUCAGGACAAGUGAGCAGAAGCUGACAUUGAAACUCAAGGAGCUGCUCUUGUACAACAGGUGAUUAGAGCAAGUGUGAGCAGCUUUACAAUGGAUCAAAGAUGACCAUUGGUGCUGUACUUCAAUACCAUUAUGGUGUGCAGAAAGCACUGGUAAAUUAGUGGAAUCAACUCCACUAACACAUACUCACAAUGCACUGUGUUGGGCACUUACCACAGACAUUUUAUGUUUUUUUUCCGCUGCAUAUAUUAUGUUGGUGCUCUGACUUUACACAACAAACAUCUGUCUGGUGUACUGUAUAUUUGUUCCUCUGGAAAUAAUUAUUUCUUAUGGAUAAAUAAUGUCUCCUCCCUGUUAUGUAUUGGUUAGAAAUAAACACUGGCUAA